AUGCCUCCCACCCAAUCCUCCUCACCUGCCACUAACCCUCGCCGCAACCCUCUCACAAAUGCGGAGAAGAUUGCCUUGGCAGAUCACAAGCGGUCUCUGGCCGUGAAGAAGACCAACCGCCCACCAUCCAAAAAGUCCAAGACCCUCCCACCACCGGACGAAAUGGAAGUCACCGUUGCAACUGCGGAGAAGGUUAAACAAGCCAAAAAUAUGGCGGCGGAGAGACGGAUGGGCAUGUACUGCAUCACUCUCUCCAUUCUCAUGCGUGCUAACCGGAGUGUGAUUGUAGCGAUCAGAAAUGGAAACUGGGAUUUCACCAGAGGCAAAACCAUGGGCAAUGCACAAAAGAUCGCUGCUGCGAAGAAGAGUGCCGAAGUGCGGAAGAAAGCGGCGGAUAAGCAGAUGGUGGCCAAGGAGUUGGGGUUCAGAAAGGAGCCGGGAAAGAAGGGGAACGUGCUGGGAAGUGGAGAGACGGAGAAAGCGGAGAAGCAGAAGCAGAAGAAGACUGGAAAGAAGAAGAUUGAAAAGAAAAAGAGCUGCUUCGAUAUGGUUUUGGGAGAGAAUGAAGCGGCUGCUGGUGGAGCCUUUGUGGGGAUUGGUCGAACUCUUGGGAGAGCGCCUGAGAUUGACAGCGAUGGGCUUGACCAGGGUGAUGGCUCCGAGUAA